ACUCUCGUCACAUUAAAUGUUUGGACUCACGCACGAUAUACUAAUUAAUUCAUGAUUCGACACUAAUUGUCAAAUAAAAUAAAAAUGCUACACUACCUGUUAACUAUAUCCUCUCUAACCAAACACCCCCUAAGAUAGUAGGCUGUAGCCUUCAUUCAUGACAGAAGAACCAGUGCCAGUGUUGACCCUCUAACGCGGCAAGCUGGUGGCACGUUCCUGUCUAAUGCCGGCGCGGUAGUCCUUAUUGUUAUGGGCCAGUCGACAGCAUAAAGAGUGAACGUCUCAGUCAACAUGAGACAAACGAUAUGAACCUAUACACUCAAAAAAAAAUGAACCAUACACUCAUGAAAAUCGAGAACGAAAAUUUGUCAACCAUGAAAAAUACGUACUUUUUUUACAACAAAAUACAUACUUCUUUAAGAGAGCAUAUGUUGUAGAGAAAAUUCAGAAAAUAACGCACCCAAGGAAACUGGCCACAAGUAACCAAAAUUUCCUCCUAUACAAUUCCAACUUUGUUCCAAUCUGAUCGUGAUUGAAAAUCAGUCACCAAGCAUGACCCUCACGGUAAGAACUAACCAUGACCAUGCUUCUGAAAAAGCAUAACUGGAAGCGUCCGCCGUCCGGUGUAUAGGUUGGAAUUUGGACAAGUAGUCAUUGUGCAAAUCUGGACAUUAUGCACCUGCCUCCACACAAUCGUAAAUUUAACCACAGGAAAAACAAAGUCUUCUCUUCCAUAGAACUUUUAAGCAUGCGAAAAAAUCAGACUGCUAGAAGUGGAGCACCUUCAAACACUUGCAAACUUCCAUAACCAAUCACAUCAACCAAUUAACUACAUCCAUCGCGAAAUAGUCACAGGGACCAAUUGUCGUAAUUGACCAGUUCAAAGUUGCUUUAUAAUGUUAUGAAGGUUCCGAUGACCCAACCACUGUCAGGUCAAGUCAACCAAAAGUCCUGAGUCCUGAAACAAAGAGAUGCAUAUGUUGGGCCACCAAACGCAGGAACUCAGAGCCAAACCAAAAGAACCGAUGGCAGCUCUCCUUCUCUUGUCCUUGCUCCUGCUGCUGUCCUCUACUCCCCUUCAAGCUCAACAGAACAUCACCUUGAACUCCUCCUUGACACCCCAAGGGCCUAGCACCUCGUGGCUCUCUCCAUCCGGCGACUUCGCGUUCGGCUUCCGGCCCAUCGAGGGUAACACCUCUUUCUACCUGCUCGCCGUCUGGUUCAACAAGAUCGGAGACCAGACAGUGGCUUGGUAUGCCAAGACCACUGAUUCAGAUCCAGCGCCGGUGCAAGUUUCAUCCGGUUCACGCCUCCUGCUCAACUCCAAUGGGGCGCUCUCGCUCCAGGACUCCACCGGCACAGAGGUAUGGAAUCCCCAAAUUGUGGGUGCAUCCUACGCUGCCAUGCUCGAUUCUGGAAACUUUGUACUGGUUGCUUCAGAUGGCUCUACCAAAUGGGGGAGCUUCAAAAACCCUACAGAUACCAUCCUGCCCACUCAGGUGCUCACCACUGGAAUGAGUCUCCGCAGUCGGAUCAUCCCCACCGACUACUCCAAUGGCCGCUUCCUCCUUGACCUGCAAAGUACUGGUGUGUCUCUUUAUACUGUUGCUGUGCCCUCCGGUCACCAAUAUGAUCCAUAUUGGUCCAUGGAUGUGAACACCACAAAUCUGGUAUUCAAUGCGACUGGUGUGAUAUAUAUCGGCAACCAAAGUGAAAUCACAUCUUGGGUCAUCAGCUCCAUAGCAAACUACUACCUUCGUGCCACACUUGAUCCUGAUGGUGUUUUCCGACAAUAUAUGUACCCAAAGAAAGCCAGCAACCAGAGUAAUCAGGAAUGGUCAGUAGUGGACUUCAAGCCCCCAAAUAUCUGUGAUGCACAGCUGACAAAUGUUGGAAGCGGUAUUUGCGGUUUUAACAGUUAUUGCAUAUGGAGUGGGACAAACAACCUGAGUACUUGCAUGUGCCCAGAGCAGUACUCAUUUAUUGAUGACAAGAGGAAGUAUAUAGGCUGCAAACCAGACUUCGAGCCACAAAGUUGCGACUUGGAUGAAGCAGCGGUCAUGAUGCAGUUUAAGUUGAUACCGGUGAGCCAUGUUGAUUGGCCACUGUCUGACUAUGAGCAGUAUAGCCCCAUUACUGCAGAUCAGUGUCAGAAACUCUGUAUGACAGAUUGUUUCUGUGCCCUUGCUGUGUUCCAUGAUGAAGACAAUACAUGUUGGAAGAAGAAGAUGCCUUUGUCAAAUGGCCAUAUGGGGGAUGAUGUGCAGAGGACAGUUUACAUCAAGGUACGAAAGAACAAUGGUACACAGUCUGAGAUCAUUGCUUCGAACAAAUGGAAGAAAGACAAGAAGAAUUGGAUCAUUGGAAGUUCAUUGUUUUUGGGAAGCUCUGUCUUGGUGAACAUUCUGCUGAUUUCCAUAAUACUCUUUGGUACUUACUGUACCAUCACCAUAAAAGAAGUCCCAUCUAUGCAGUCACCAAACAAUAUAGGAUUGCCCUUGAAAGCCUUCACUUAUACUGAGCUUGAGAAGGCAACCGGUGGAUUCCAGAAAGUGAUUGGCACAGGUGCCUCUGGUAUUGUGUACAAGGGCCAGCUACAAGAUGAUCUCAGUACCCACAUUGCUGUCAAAAAAAUUGACAAGCUUGAGCAUGAAACAGAGAAGGAGUUCACCAGUGAAGUCCAAACUAUUGGUCGGACGCACCACAAGAACUUGGUCAGGUUGCUAGGAUUCUGCAAUGAAGGAAAAGAAAGACUACUAGUGUAUGAAUUCAUGACCAAUGGAUCACUCAACAGAUUCUUAUUUGGUGAUACCAAGCUUCAGUGGAAUAUUCGAGCUCAGCUUGCUCUCGGGGUGGCAAGGGGGCUGCUAUACUUACAUGAGGAAUGCAGCACACAGAUUAUCCAUUGUGACAUAAAGCCCCAGAACAUCCUUCUCGAUGGCGACUUCACAGCAAAGAUCUCAGAUUUCGGCUUAGCCAAACUGCUCCGAACCAACCAGACACAAACAAAUACAGGUAUUCGGGGUACCCGAGGAUAUGUUGCCCCUGAGUGGUUUAAGAACAUCGGUAUCACUGCCAAGGUGGAUGUUUACAGCUUUGGGGUCAUCCUGUUGGAGCUUGUCUGUUGUCGACGGAAUGUUGAAUUGGAGGCUGCAGAGGAGGAUCAAAAAAUACUGACUGACUGGGCAAAUGACUGUUAUAGGUGUGGCAGAAUUGAUUUUCUGGUGGAGGGUGAUGAUGAAGCAAUUUCUGAUUUGAAGAACGUGGAAAGGUUUGUUGCAGUGGCAUUGUGGUGUCUUCAGGAGGACCCAACUAUGAGACCUACAAUGCGGAAGGUGACACAAAUGCUUGAUGAAGCAGCUGCAGUCCCAAGCCCUCCUGAUCCUACUUCCUUUGUCAGUACACUGGCAUAGCAUCACUCCUGCAUAUUGUCAUAUAUUAGUAUAUGUAUGAAGCAAUAAAAUUGUGUGGGAAAUUAGAUACAGAUAUCUACUGAAAGUUACGUCUGCUGAUACUGUAGUGUUAUUAUGUGUACUGUAAAGAGCGCAGCAGUACUGUCUGCGGAACGAAAUGCGAACGGGAGUAUCCUUCAAGUGCCGCCGCCGCCA